AGCCCCAUGCUCAAUAAAAGGAAUAAACAAUUUGGCAUAAAAGGAAAACCCACAAACAUUUUUUUCCAUAAAAAAGAAUUUGUUCAAGCAGACACACCCCCUGUCUCCAAUCUCACAUAGAACAGAAGAGUUUGUACGAAACCACUUUAUCUCUCUCUAGAGAACAAAUUCCCUCGCAAUCAACUCUCUUUCUGAGAUCUAUGAGUUCUUCUGUUGAAGUUCUUGGGAUUUCUUGAAUUGGGUAUUUGUGUGUUACUUAUGUGCAUGUGGAGUUAAACUGAAAUCCAUGUCGAUGCCGAGCUGUAGUGUGUCUUGGAACUCCGGCGAUGCAGUUUCCGACCAGUUCCCGGUGGGUCUCCGGGUACUUGUUGUGGACGAUGACCCCACUUGUCUCAUGAUCUUAGAGAAAAUGCUUAGGAACUGCCUCUACCAAGUAACCAAAUGCAAUCGAGCAGAGAUUGCACUAUCGCUACUACGGGAGAGGAAAAAUGGUUUCGAUAUUGUUUUAAGUGAUGUCCACAUGCCUGACAUGGAUGGAUUCAAACUCCUUGAAUGCGUUGGGCUGGAGAUGGACCUUCCUGUUAUCAUGAUGUCAGCGGAUGAUAGUAAGAACGUAGUGAUGAAAGGCGUCACUCAUGGUGCUUGUGAUUAUCUAAUCAAACCAGUUCGCAUUGAGGCACUGAGGAAUAUAUGGCAGCACGUAGUUCGGAAGAGGAAAGAUGUGUGGAAGGAUUUUGAGCAAUCAGAUAUCAUAGAAGAUUGUGAACGAAAACAAAAGCCAUCAGAAGAUACAGAUUUCUCAUCGUCAGCAAAUGAAGGAAAUUGUAGAAACUUAAAGAGGCAGAAGGAGGAGGAGGAUGAAGAAGAAGAGGAUAGGGAUGAUACGUCUACACUAAAGAAGCCACGGGUGGUUUGGUCAGUUGAGCUUCAUCAACAGUUUGUGGCAGCUGUAAAUCAACUCGGCAUUGACAAGGCUGUUCCUAAGAAAAUUCUGGACUUGAUGAACGUUCCUGGACUCAGUAGAGAAAAUGUUGCUAGCCACCUUCAGAAGUAUCGCCUCUACCUGAAAAGGCUAAGCGCAGUAUCACCGCACCAUAGUGGACUCAAUAACCCUUUUGUGGACUCGAUAUCUUCUCUCAAUGGGCUUGAUCUCCAAGCUCUUGCUGCCACCGGUCAACUCCCAGCACAAAGUAUUGCUACACUCCAAGCGGCGGCGGCUCUAGGUAGGCCCAGCACUAAAUCUGGCAUUUCCAUACCCUUCAUCGAUCAAAGGAACCUUUUCAGCUUUGAAACUCCGAGACUAAGAUUUGGGGAGGGCCCGCAGCCUCAGUCAAUCAAUAAUAAUAAGCAAAUAAACUUACUUCAUGGGAUCCCAACAACAAUGGAGCCAAAGCAACUUGCUAAUUUGCAUCAAUCACAACCAAGACCCCAAAUAUUGAUGAAUGCUCAAGCCAUGUCGAAUGGAAGCCAGAGUAGCUCUUUAGUAACACAAAUAUCUCAACCACAAUCAAGACCACAAAUAUUAAAUGACGCCAAUGGCAAUCAUCUCUCAAGUGGUAUAAGAAGUGGGGGUUUUGCAAGGAAUGGAGAAGUUGACGAAAAUGUUGGUGCUGCGGUUUACAAUCGGGUUUGUCAACCCUCGUCAAUGGUAGAUUUCUCCAUAUCCCGCAAAACAGAUUUUCAAGGCAAUAGCUUUCCACUAGGGAACAAUUCCGGGGUGUCUACUAUCACAUCUAAAGGGGUGCUCCAAGAAGAGGUUAAUUUGGAAAUGAAAGGAUCGAGAGGGUUCACUCCUAGUUAUGAUAUUUUCAAUGAGCAGCAUCAGCAGAGAUCCCAUGAUUGGGAGUUGGGGAAUGUAGGCCCCACCUUCGACACCUCCCGACGUGGAAACAGGCAAGGGAAUAUAAAUGUUCAGCCGUCAAUUUUGGUCCAACAACAAAGGUUUUCUUCUUGCCAAAACGGUGUAGCGAAUAGAAAUACUUCUAUUGGAACAUCCCCAAACCUUGGUCAACUACGUGAUACACUUCUCAUGAACAAUCCACAGAUAGUUAAGGCUGAGAAACUUCCUCAAGCAAGCUUUCAGAAUACCGUAUUUCCGGAGCAGUUUAGUCAGGAGGACCUUAUGAGUGCACUUCUCGAGCAGGUCGGUUUUCUCUCCCUCAAUCCUUAUACUAGUAAGCUUCUUUUUCAUUACAUCAAAGUAUCAGACCAAACUGAGCCUCCCCAUCCAAGGGCUACACUUAAGUUAAAUACAACAAACUCCUUCCUUCUUCUACUGUGGCGUCCCCUAUCUAAUUUAUCUUGAUUUUAUUAAUGCAAAUGUUUCUCCUGUCAUCCAGCAGCAAGAGGGAUUUGGAGCGGCUAUGAACGACUUUACUUUUGAUAGUUAUUCCUUGGAUAAUCUUCCCAUAUAGCCAACGCAUCAUGAUCUAGUUCUCUCCGUAGUUGCAAUUUCUGGUGUACAUACUUGCUGCUAUUGCUGGGAAUUGAACUCAUCUCUGUUCUGCCAACAAGCUGCCGGAAGUCAGUUCCUGGCUCAAGACAGAAGAUGUUGAGUUAUUUUGCAGCAUCUUCGAGUUAUGAUUAGUGUGCUUAGUUCGAAGUUUAGGGAUGUGAUAGAUCGUUCAUUUCAGAUGGAAGAUACCACCUCAUGGUAUGCGAAAAGGCAUACAUGGAGAGUUUUGACUGCUUUUGUAGGUGAUUCUGGCUAUGAACUAGAAAUUAUCUCACUUGUGAGACUGUGUAGCAGUAGUAGGUGAUUGGCAAAUUUUUCUUGUGCUACUUUGUUUUCGAGUUGUGGGGAUGAGGUUCCAAGUAAUAAUCUGCACUUUCUAACUCGUAGAGCCACGAGCUGUUUUAGGAGCUAGACGAUGAUGUAUAGAUUUCAUUUGAUUGCUCAAGACAUAAAGUCUUGGUACUUUUGCAAUUCUAUAAGACUUCGCCGGACUUAAAAGUUUGAACCCUUGUCUA